GCGUCACAUCCGGCUCCGCCCGCAGCUCCUUCCGCCGUAGUUGCAGGAACGCCUUUUGUGCCAGUGAAGCCGCAGAGAUUCCGUCAUGGCAUCCGGUGUCCAGGUCGCUGACGAGGUCUGUCGUAUCUUUUACGACAUGAAAGUUCGAAAGUGUUCUACACCCGAGGAAGUCAAGAAGAGGAAAAAGGCAGUUAUCUUUUGCCUCAGCCCAGACAAGAAAUGCAUUGUCGUGGAGGAAGGCAAAGAGAUCCUCGUGGGCGACAUUGGCGUGACGGUCAUGGAUCCUUUCAAGCACUUUGUGCAGAUGUUGCCAGAAAAAGAUUGCCGCUAUGCCUUGUACGAUGCAAGCUUUGAAACAAAGGAGUCCAAAAAAGAGGAGCUGAUGUUCUUCUUGUGGGCACCAGAAGGGGCUCCACUUAAAAUGAAAAUGAUCUACGCAAGCUCUAAAGAUGCAAUCAGAAAGAAAUUUCAAGGCAUAAAGCAUGAAUGUCAAGCGAAUGGGCCAGAGGACCUCAACAGAACAUGCAUUGCUGAGAAGCUGGGUGGCUCCUUAAUAGUGGCCUUCGAAGGCUGCCCUGUGUAGUGCCACACUUAACAAGGAUGAUAUUUGGUGUAAAGGACCAGAGCAUUGUUAAUUGUCAGGACGUCGUCUCUUUAGAAUAAAAUAGAUUUCGGGGGAAAAUGGUUGGCAUAUAAAUAGCCUUUUCAAAUUAAUAAAAAAAAUCCUC